CAACAUUCUGUUUGACAGAUAAUAAAUUGAACUUCGCAUUUAUUCAUUUUCAUCGGUGUUUUUACUGUUUUAUUAUAAUAUAUUUAAAAUAAACGAUAAGAAAAAUUACUGUUGCUAUAUUAUAUAAAAUGUUAUCUCAAACAACUUUCUAAAACAAAGUCAAAACAAUGAAUUCGUCACUUUUCUUUGUGUUAUUCUUAAGCCUCUUAUCACAAUCGACCAUUGCCAAAGAAAACCUUCGAUUCUCUAGAGCCGCCCUUGCUAACACUCCUAAACUUAAUCUCCUCGAUGACCCGUUAUGCCCAGAACUGAAAAACCUAUGCGGACAUACAAAAUCCAUCGAUGAUCUAUCCACUCUCGAGUGCAUAGAAACAUUUCCACCCCACCAACUUGAAUCUCUGUCCAACAAAUGCCAGCAAAUAAUUUGGAACCACAAAAGAACUCUCCUCUCUGACACUUCAAUUCACCAUUUUACUGACAAACUCUGUGACAAACAUGAAAUCAAAUUCGCCGAUUGUCACAAUUCCGUUGCCUCCGCAAAUUCCGCUGAUGGAACAUUUCUCUCUUGCUUAAUUGAUAAAAGUUCAAGUCUUGAUCAUCAAGACACUUGCAGGAAUCUUAUUCAGCGAAUUCAAUCUGUCGUCUUCAAUGACUUUCGCUUUUUGAAUGAAUUCUUUGUCGGAUGUGACAAUGACAUCCAACAGUUUCAAUGUGGUCGUUUGAAUAUCGAACGCGCCACUGUUUCCCAAAUUGAAACUGUUGCAUGUCUGCAAGAAUCCUUGGACAAUCUCAAUCCAACAUGCAAGACAUCUGUUUCCAAGCAAAUCGAUUAUCACUUUAAUCAGAUUUGUAGUGACGAUUUGCGACGCUUUUGUGUCAAUGAGCACCCGGGCACGAGUGCUGCCUACAAGUGUCUGGUCAAGCACAAAAGCAGUCCAGACAUGACUGGCAAGUGUCGCGAACAGAUUGUUCAGCGGGAUAAAAUCCUUGCCAAAGACUACCGCAUGAGUAGAGGCUUGGCCAAAGCUUGCAAGGAUGACAUUCGUGUGCAUCAUUGCAGACGAGGUGUGUCCGAUGAUAAGAAUGUUCGCUUGGCUCAGAUUCUACUUUGUUUAGAAUCGGUUAUUAAAAAUGGCACAAAGAUCUUGGAGGAAUGUCGAAUCGAGAUUAACGACCACCGACGAAUGCUCUUGCUCGAUUACCAACUAUCCCCAGAGAUUCUAAUUGGGUGUGCCGACGAUAUUCCCAAAUUUUGUGGUGACACUGAUUUUAUUCAGAAUACAGCUGGAGGAGAGAUCAUUCAUUGUCUGAUGGAUCAUGCGCGGCCGAAGCGUCGUAAAGAUCGCCGCGUGACAUCAACUUGUCAGAGAGCUAUUGAGCAAUUGGUGAAGACAUCGGACGUGGGAGAGGAUUGGCGGGUGGACCCGGUUUUGCGAAGAGCCUGUAAACCCGUUGUUGAUGUUGCUUGCACAGACACUGAUGGUGGGGAAGCCCGGGUGAUGACGUGUCUGAUGGAGCAUAUUGGGACUCAGGUUAUGACACCAGAUUGCGAACAAGCGUUGUUACUGAUUCAAUACUUUGUGGCUAGAGACUUUAAACUUGAUCCUCAAUUGUAUAAGAACUGCAAGCAAGAUGCAGUUAAGUAUUGCCGAGCUAAGAAAUCAUGGGAUGAUGUUACAGACGCUCAAAUGGAUCCGGAACGGGGACCUUUGAUAUUACCAUGUCUUCACAGAAUUGCAUACAGUUCGGAUAGUAAAAUAGUACUGCGAAGCGAGUGUUAUAAGGAAGUCAAGCGGGUAAUGCGACAGAGAGCUAUUUCGGUGGAAUUGAUUCCCGAAGUGGAGGAUGUGUGUUUGGAGGAUUUGUCAGCAUUCUGCUAUGAUAAGACAAAAAAAGGGGAGGAGAUGAUAUGUUUGCAGGAGAAUCUUGAGAAACUUCAAGCUAAUUGCAAGGCUGCAGUAACAAGUUACACAGAGGAAGAAGCUGGUCACGUUGAACUUAAUCCAAUUAUAAUGUCGGUGUGUUCUGAAGCCAUGAACACCCAUUGUGAACAUAUUUUGAAGCGAAAAGAUGAUGGUGACAUGAUGGAUUGUUUGAUCUCGCAUAAAAAUGACGCCGAUCUCAGACAGGAUUUGAAGUGCCGAGCAGCAAUCGAGCACUUUCAAAUAAUCUCACUUAAAAACUAUCAUUUUACCUAUAAAUUCAAAGAAGCCUGCCGACCGUAUGUGGUUCGUUUUUGUGCAGCAAGUACAACGAAAAACGAAGUUGUCUCGUGUCUAAGCGAAGUCAUGCGAAAUGACACAAUCCGAGGACAACGUCAUUCGAUUCCAAAAGAAUGUAGACAGCAAGUUAAAGCUCAAUUAUAUCAACAACGAGAAAGCAUACUUCUCGAUCCAAAGUUGGCAAAUGCUUGCAAAAAAGAACUUUCAGAGUUUUGUAGCGAUGCGACGGGACCUGGCCAGGUGAUGAAAAAUGCCUUGGAAUGCCUUUCAACAAACACAGCUAGACUUGGUAAUUCUUGUCAUCAUGCAAUGUUUUUGGUUAAGAAAUCUGAACUUGGAGAUAGUGCCACAGAUUAUACUUUGGUCAAUACAUGUCGUGAAAUGACCUACAAAUUUUGUCCAAGCUAUGACACUUCGAAGCUGCUCGAUUGCUUAAAGGUCUACAAAGAUGAUCCACAAUUUGAUUCGAGAUGUCAUUUUGUUGUGGUUAAUCGAAUGAUUGAACAGAAUACGGAUUUCCGUUUCAAUCCAGCACUACAAUUAGCAUGUGGCAAGAAUAUUGACCAAUACUGUUCGCAUAUUGUGUCGCAAGCUAAACCAAAUGAAGAAUUAAAUGGAAAAGUUAUUGAAUGUUUAAAAAUAAAAUUCCGAGAGGCACGUUUAGAGGAGAAAUGUGAACAAAAAAUGAACAUUAUUCUGCAUGAGCAGGCCCUCAACUAUAAACUUAACCCAUUGCUUUUGAGUUUUUGUAAAUCUGAAAUCGAGGUGCUUUGUAAGCCUCGAGGUGACAUCGAGGAGCAUGGAAUUGUUGAGGAGUGUUUGAAAACAGCUUUUCUAAAUCAGAAAAUUAUAAACCGUGAGUGUAAAAUCGAAGUGGCGACAUUAAUUGCCGAAGCUAAAGCGGAUAUUCAUGUGGAUCCGAUACUUGAAGAGGCGUGUACUGUUGAUUUAUUGAGAUAUUGUUCGAAUGUUAAAAGUGGUAAUGGGAGAAAACUGAAAUGCCUCCAGACAAUAUUGCAGGACCAAUCAAAGGCAAUGGAAGAAGAUUGCCGAAAUAAACUUCGUCGCCGCAUUGAAAUGUUCCAAAAUGCUGACACUGUUUUAGCACUGCCACCAGAGAAUAUGGAGCAAUUGGUUAGCCAAGUGAUAACAUCACCAGCGAAGAGAUUCUUCAUGGUGAUAUUGCUCACAUGCCUGGGGAUGGUGUUCAUCUUGGGAAUGUUCUUGGGUCGAUUUUCGAAACGUGCGAUGACUUUGAAAAAUAAAUAGAUACGAUGCAGCUUUUGCAAGAGAUACGAGUAAAGAUCUCUUGAUUCUACUUAAUUUGAUUAUUCAAAAGUCCAUCUUUUUGUUUUAGAAACGUUUGUUUUUUUUAGUUUUUUUUAUUUAACGUUUAUAAUGUGUGUUUAUUCUAGUUACAUAAUAUCGUCGCCUCAACACAAAACUACCAAAAAAACAAAGAAAUAAAAUUAGAUAAUUUUCAGUUCAGAAUAGCUUUGCAAACAAAAAUGUUGCGACGGUAUGAAUUAACGAUGAUGAUUGUUAGGAUUUUGAUUAUUUCUUUGACAAAAUAUCAAAUCUGAUAAACUAUCAAAUCUAUAAAAUCUACUUUGAGUCAUUUAUUUUUUUUUUAAUUUCUAGAAAUAACAGAUAAGAAACAAAACGGAACAAAUAUUUCGUCCUUAACUUUAGCCAUUUCAUCAUCGUAUUUGAGUCAUUUUUAGUCUAAAAACGAUAAAAGUUUACUUUUAUUUUGUCUGAAACAAUUUUCGAUAUCGCAAACAUUUUUGUUUGCAAACCUCGCUGACUGGAUUAACAUUAUGUGUAGAUUUUAGUUUAUAUUUUUUUUUUUAUUUGAUUCUUUUAAAUUUUGGAUAGAAGAUUAAAAUUAUUGUACUGAUUGUUUGUUUGUUUUAUUCUAAAUAACUUACAUUUAAUCAUUGAAUAUAUUUUUAAUAAAAGUGAUAAUUUUACAUUUUUAGAAA